AACGAGUGGACUGUUGCGCGCGCGGCGUCUCGAAGCUCAACUGAAAAAGCUAGGCAGGGGCUCAUCUCUCACAUCGGGCCAAGCCACGCUUACUGUACACGGGCUCGGUCAACGAGACACAUAAUAUCGUAACGAAAAAGUAAAUCCAUUAAUAUCGUCUCAAUCGUCAUGGCGGAAGAAUAUCUUUACGGAAUUACUCUUCAGGGAACAAAUGCCGUCGAAGUAUGGGAUCCUGAAAGAAAAAAUGAUUCUGGUGACUGUGCGAAUCAACACUUCGGAGUUGACCAAAAACUCCUUAUUAAAAUGGCACUUUUGGGACCAGAAGCCAAACCAGGCGAGCUCAAUGUUCUACAGGUAGAAGCAAUGGGACUUAAGGGUCUCAUAAAGUGUCCUAUUGCCCUCCUUGAAGUUGGCAGAACGGUUCAAAUUAUCCUGGAUCUUAGUUUUCCGGAUCCUCCGGUAACUUUUACCCUUAUCAAGGGUAGCGGACCAGUUCAUAUAGUAGGACACAAUCUUCUUGGAACACACAUGGAAGAAUUUGAAGACUUAGAGGACGAAAUGGAAGAGGAGAACAUAGACGAUGAGGAUGAUGAGAAGGAUCCUGAGGACGAAGACGACGAGGACGACGAACCUAAGAAGAAGAACGCAAAAAUGGCGGUCGCGGCCAAAAAUAAAAACCAGGCUAACAAGAACAAGAAAAAAUAAACUCGAACUUCAAGCGACAGCAAAAAACGACAUCAACAAGAAAAACACAAAAAACUCAACCAAUCUUAGGCUAGGCUACUAAGCGUAAGUCCAUCUCUAUCAUCCGCAACUGGGCGAAUCAGGAAAAAGCGUUUUUCAACCAAUUAAGAAAAAAUAUAAAAGAAAUGGAAGUGUAAAAGUUCGGCAAAUCGCCACUGCAUCUCUCGCGUUUCGAUGUUCGAAAACGCGCAAAUCUAAUGCAAUUUACGAGUAGAUUUAUUUUUUAAAAAAUCGUCAACCACGAGUGUCUCCGUUGACAGGAUUCACGGAAAAAGUAAACAAAAUGUGCGACAUCCUGACUUAACGUUUUACCGGCGUGGAAUUUGAGAAAAAAACCGCUGUUGCGCUCCUUUUCUUCAGUGUUUUUUGUUUGUUUGUUUUUUUUUUUAUGUAUUUUUUUUACCUUUGACACCGGGUAUUUUCCUCAAACUCCGUCUUCCAUUCGUCGUCCAAAUCAUUAUUUUCAAGGCUGUAUGACUAAAUAAACGUCAAGAGAAAAGAGAACACGAGAAUGUUUUUGGAAAAAACGAUCCUUUUGUUUAUCUUCUCGGUGGUUAAAAUCAGUUUUCUUUUUCAAUCUUCGGCGCCCAAACAUCUUCGUGGGUCGCGCGCUUUUCACCGGGGAACGAACGACUGUGAGAAUAUCAUGCGAGUAUUUUUUCGAAAACAAAUAACUUUCUAUCGACGGCCGAUGAAAAUUCUAUCGCAAAAAAGAAAAAAACGAUUGAGAGAAUUGGAAGAUAAUAAAAACGAGGAAAAAAAAACAACAAUAAUUAUACUCACAUGUCAUUUAUCGACAUUCAUUCCACUUUGAUGGACGAUAACCGACGAGAGGGUUCAGUGGUGUACAAACAAACAAUUACAUGCGUUUGACAUUUUCUUUCUGUCAACAUGAAAUGUCAUGCCAUGCUAAGGAAACGUCACUCUUUGACGUCGACUAAGAGUAAUAAUGAAAAUUAAAAUGUCCCGACCCAUCGACAGUAGUCCGUACACCUUUUUGUACAUAUACGAUACAAUAAAACAUUUCACACUAA